AUGUCAUUGUUAGCUGAAGCCGCCGGUGCCCAGAAAAAAUCAAAAGCAUCGGAAGAACAAGAACAAGAGAAGCAAGAAGGGCUAAUCCCCUCUCUUUCCAACGAUGUCGCAUUGGGUUGCUUAGCACGCGUGCCACAAUUCUACCACUCUAAUCUGUCCCAAGUUUCCAAAACUAUUCGCUCCCUCCUCUCGUCUCCGCUCUUCUAUGACGCCCACACUACCUUCUAUGAUAAGCAAACCAUGCUAUACUUCUCUGUCAACUACCCUGAUUCCAACCACGUCCAAUGGUUCAUGGUCAAUCCUGACGACCUCGACCCUGUCCUCCGGCUUCCACUUAUUCCUUCACCCACGUUCCGACAGUCCACCAUGCGCGCAAAGAGAGGAUUAAUUGCAUAUCCGACGUUAUGGAUUAAGAGUUAA